AGGUCGCUCUAGCCCGCUUAGGGAGUGGUGAGAUGUCAUGGCGCCCUUCUAGGCUGCAGGAGGGAGGAAGCGGACAGCGCCUCGUUUGUAGUGCAGUCAGCCAUGGAGGCGGCCCGUAAAGCACUGGUAGCAGUUGCAGUGCUAGGCGCGGGAGCUGGCGUGGGUUCUAUUCUGUUUGCUCUUGUGACCCCAGGAGAGCUACAGAAGCAGUCGAUGCUGCAGGAGAUGCCGGAAAGGGACUCGAGACGCAGGGACGAAGCAGUCAGGACCCAGGAACUGGUGAUGGCUACCCUGAAGGACGCCGCGGCCACGAAGGAGAACGUGGCCUGGAGGAGAAACUGGGCAGUUAGCGGCGACCGCAGGUCAGCAUGAUGUCAGAGCUCGUCCACGGUCGCCGGAACCUGUAAGGCGCCUUUUUUGGUGCUCCGGACAUGGAGUCGCGGUUCAGGAGACCCACCAGGACUCUCUCCAAGGCACCGGGAGCUGCGGUUGGGGGAACGCAUUAAUGAGCACAUCGCAUGACGAGGACGGAUGUGUGAAGCAAAGGAACUAAGUGGAUGUCGCAGCUGGACAUCUAAUGCUUACAGAGCAGUGAGGGUCAGCGUAGUGGGCGCGGAAGACCUAGGCAGCUGCAUGUCACCCUCCCCCUGGGGAGUUCUGAAGUCCAAUGGUCCUGGUUCAAAGUGGGUCAUGUGAUCUAAGUUUGCUUCUGCAACUGUCGGUAAAAGACUUUUUCCUAAA